AUGGCUUCCGCCGUCUUUUUUCUCGAUUUGAAGGGCAAGACCCUCCUUGCCCGAAACUAUCGCGGUGACAUUCCCAUGUCAGCUGUCGAGAAGUUCCCUAUCCUUCUUAGUGAAGCCGAAGAAGAGUCAUCGGCUGUGCCUCCAUGCUUCUCCCACGAGGGUAUCAACGACCGCCAGUAUCUCUACAUCCGCCACAACAACCUCUACCUCCUCGCCCUCACGAAACGAAACACGAACGCCGCCGAGAUCCUCCUCUUCCUCCACAAGAUCGUGGAAGUCUUCACGGAAUACUUCAAGGCCCUCGAGGAGGAAUCCAUCCGCGACAACUUUGUCAUCAUCUACGAACUGCUCGACGAGAUGAUGGACUUCGGCUACCCCCAGACCACGGAAUCCAAGAUCCUGCAGGAGUACAUCACCCAGGAGUCGCACAAGCUCGAGAUCCAGGCCCGCCCGCCCAUCGCCGUUACCAACGCCGUCUCUUGGCGUUCCGAGGGUAUCCGCUACCGCAAGAACGAGGUCUUCCUCGACGUCGUCGAGUCCCUGAACCUCCUCGUCAGCGCCAACGGCAACGUCCUCCGAUCCGAGAUCCUCGGCGCGAUCAAGAUGAAGUGCUACCUCUCCGGUAUGCCCGAGCUGCGCCUCGGCCUCAAUGACAAGGUCAUGUUUGAGACGACAGGCCGCACGACGCGCGGCAAGGCCAUCGAGAUGGAGGACGUCAAGUUCCACCAGUGCGUGCGCCUCUCACGUUUUGAGAACGACAGGACAAUCUCCUUUAUCCCGCCCGACGGCGAAUUCGAGCUCAUGAGCUACCGUCUCAACACCCAGGUCAAGCCCCUGAUCUGGGUCGAGUGCGUCGUCGAGAGCCACAGCGGAUCGCGUAUCGAGUACAUGCUCAAGGCAAAGGCCCAGUUCAAGCGGAGGAGUACGGCAAACAACGUCGAAAUUAUCGUUCCCGUACCUGACGACGCCGAUACCCCGCGCUUCAGGACCAACAUUGGUGCUGUCCACUAUGCCCCUGAGCAGAGUGCCAUUGUGUGGAAGAUUAAGCAGUUUGGUGGUAACAAGGAAUUCUUGAUGAGGGCAGAGCUCGGUCUCCCAUCUGUUAGAGGCGACGACGAGCACGGCGGUGGUAUGACUGGUGGUUUCGGUGGCAGUAUGGGUGGUGUUGGCGCUCCCGGCAAGGGCGCGAAGAGGCCGAUCCAGGUCAAGUUUGAGAUCCCCUAUUUCACGACAAGUGGUAUUCAAGUGCGGUACCUCAAGAUUACAGAGCCCAAGUUGCAAUAUCCCUCGUUGCCAUGGGUCAGAUACAUCACUCAAUCAGGAGACAUAGCCGUGAGACUGCCCGACGCGGUGUAA